CCAAUAUCGGUAUCCUUAGGCCCAGAGGCAGCCCAAAGCAAUAUUAUGUACGUACGUGGAGAAACGCAUUGGGGAUCAAGACUCAAAAUCCAUCCAAAAUUCACUCCAAUUUCGCAGUCGUCGGCCGGCGAUCUCUACUCCCCAGCCAACUGCAAAACACUUAAACAGAGGCCGGAAAAACAGUAGCCAUGGGCGCAGGCUUCCUCGUCGGAGUUUUCGGGGUUUUGUUCCUCUCACACGCGGCCUACUCCACCAUCCAGUAUAGAUCCCUGCUCAAGAUCACCGAGGAUGAGUUUUCAGGGCCACCAAUCAACGUAGUAAUUGAGCUGAUUGGAGGACUAUUGUUGUGUAUGUGGGCUGCUUUAACCGUCCCUGGGAAGUUCUUGUCGAUACUCCCACAUUCUGAUGAGAAUAGGGUGGUAAGCUUACCAGCCAAUCUGGAUUUCAUGAUCUUCAACCAUCGUGGGAAAGCAUUUCCUUUGCCAAUGGAGGUUGAAGCUAUGUAAUGAUACAAUGUGGCACUGCAAAUUAGUUAACCUAUGAGAUGUUUGAUCGACACUGUGCGAAUUAGGUUCAAUGCUUAUUUGCUGCAAGAGGCAAAUGCAGAAUUUAUUAUGCAUUUAAAUUGUUGCAUUAAGGGAAAGAUGAUGAUAGUGUUGGUUCUUAUGUUUAUUUGUUGUACUCUUUUAAGGUGGCACUUUUCUUCUUAUGGUCCUUGUGGAUGGCAAACUAGAGUGUGCCUACUGUUAUUUUUUGCUACUACUGUUAGCCAAAUUGCGAUAUUUAGGCUGCUAAAAUGUUUUAUUUUCUAUCUAGCAUAUUAUUAAUAAACUAGCCUUUGAUUAUAGUUUUUCAAGGAAUACUGUUUAAGUUUUUCUAAAAUAUGGGCAAUCUUUUUGGUGGGUUUAUUAGUAUUUGGUAUGCAGAACAUUAGCUACUGGAAUGAAAUUUGAUACCAAUGCUUUUAUAUAAUGGCAGGUGGAGAUACUAAAUUGCAGAUAAGAUCUCAUGUUUCAGUGUGUAUUUGAAUUCUGUGUUUUAUUUCAUUUGAUAAAUUACGAACCAAG